CCCCCCUCCGCGAGUACGUGCGUAUGGUCCUGGAAUCGAAUCAGUUGGCCCGGUAGUUGGUGUACCGGCCAAUUUCACCGUUGAAACAUUUUCUGCUGGCAAGGGAAAUGUUGAAGUUCUCGUCGAAGAUCCUAAAGGAAAUACCGUACCAGCUGACGUUAGAUUCAAUAAAGAUAGAAAUCUUACGUAUGCCGUUUCGUAUACGCCAAGAAUCGAAGGUCCUUACAAAGUGAAGAUACUAUUUGCCGGAAGGGAAAUUCCAAAGAGUCCGUAUACGGUCAACGUUGAGGGUCAUGCUGGAGAUGCUAGCAAAGUAACAGCAAGUGGACCGGGUCUUCAACGUGAUGGAGUUGUCUUGAAUAGGCCUACUUAUUUCGACAUAUUCACUAAGGAUGCUGGCCGUGGUGUACCGGAAGUUAUCAUUUUGGAUCCACAAGGGACGAAACUGACAACGCCUAAAUUACGUCAAAUCUUUCCGGAUGUAACAAGGUGUGAGUACAGUUCGCCAGUAACUGGUUUACAUUCCGUUAACAUUUUCUUCGCUGGUAAACCCAUACCCGAAAGCCCGGUUGGGGUAAACGUAGCACCCGUCUCAGAUGCGAAAAAAUGUCGAGCAUAUGGCCGAGGACUUUUACCAACAGGAGUUCGAGUUAACGAUAAUGCUGAUUUUGUACUCGUUACAAAGGAUGCUGGGGAAGGAAUACCGGAGAUUAAAGUUAUUGGUCCGGGUGGUAUUAAUCAAACAGUACAGAUGAUCAAAGCAGACGCUAACACGUAUAAUUGUUCUUACGUGCCAACGAAGGAAGGUCGAUACGUUGUAAUGAUCACGUUUGGUGGUAAAGAAAUAAGAAAGUCACCGUUCGAAGUGAACGUUGGUCCGUACAAAGAGUCCGCGAUUUGGGCAUUCGGUCCAGGCCUUAAAACUGGUGUUGUUGGUCAACCAGCAAGAUUUACGGUAGAUACUAACGGAGAAACCGGUGCUCUUGGAUUCUCCAUUGAAGGACCCUCCAAAGCAAACAUAGAAUGUCAUGACAAUGGUGAUGAAACGGCUGACGUGUCCUAUUUACCAAUGGCACCGGGACAAUAUGCUGUUCAUAUACUUUGCGAUAACGAAGACAUACCAUCGUCUCCUUACAUAGCAAAUAUUGUACCAAAGACCGAUUUUGACGCGGAAAAGGUAGAGGUACACGGUCCAGGAAUUCAACCUGAUAGCGUUGCAAAAGAUAAACCAACUCAUUUCACUGUGGAUCCUAGAAAAGCUGGUGGUCAGGCACCAUUGGAAGUUGUUAUACAAGAUGUUUUCGGUAGACAAGUUCCUGUUCGUUUGGACGAGAAACGUGAUGGUACCGUACAAGCUAAUUACACGCCGACUUCUGCUUCUCAGCACGUUAUAAUGGUAAAUUAUGGUGGCGUUGCUACGAAAAAAUCACCGUUCAGAGUAAAGGUAGCAGCACCUUUCAACCCAGCUGCAGUUACUGCAUUUGGACCGGGUGUUGAAAGUGGCGUUAAAUCAAAUAUUCCUACACAUUUUAACAUCGAUUGUCGCGAAGCUGGACCUGGCAACAUGGGUGUGACCAUAGUCAGCGAAGAUGGACGUGAAUUACCAGUGUCCUUGACCGAUAACGAAGACAAUACUUAUAGCGUACAAUAUGUUGCACCUCAACCAGGAAAUUAUUUUGUCAAUCUUACCUACGGUGGUUUGGUUGUACCUAUGUGUCCAAUCACGGUCAAUGUUCAACCGCAUAUCGACGUUUCCAGAAUCAAGGUGGACGGUCUUGAACCAAGUCUAUACUUAAAGCAGCCAACGGAAUUCAUGAUAGACACCAGAGCAAUAGCUAAAAUGAAGAACGACGAAGGUUUAGUUUCCUGCGUUAUCAACAAUCCGAAUGGUGGAAAAACGGAUAAAGUUAUCAUUCCUCAAGGAGACGGAAUGUAUCGUGUCAGUUAUACACCUUUCGAGGAAGGACGUUACACUAUCGAUAUUCUUUACGACAACAUUCCAGUGCCAGGUUCACCGUUUAGCGUAAACGUUAAACGUGACAGUGAUCCUAGCAAAUGUCGUGCUUAUGGUCCAGGUUUAGAGAAGGGUUAUGCUAAUAAGGUUAAUCAAUUCACCGUAGAAACAAAAGAGGCUGGAAAUGGUGGUCUUGGUUUAGCUAUCGAAGGUAAACGAGGAGUCGAAAUGAUUUGCAAAGAUAAUUACAAUGGUUCUUGUACUGCUGAAUAUAUACCAUUGGAACCUGGAGAAUAUGAUAUAACAAUAAAAUUCGCUGACAAACAUAUACCUGGUUCACCUUUCAAAGUACAAGUUGUAUCCGACAGCAGUAAUGCUAAAAACGUUGUUGCUUAUGGUACAGGACUCGAGCCUGAAAUGGUACGAGAAGGUGUGCCAGCUAAAUUCGUCGUUGACACGUCGAAAUGCGAACCGGCUAAAUUGGACGUUAGGUUGAAGACCGAUAAAGGUCAAGUGCAAAAGCCGGAAAUUAAAAGUCGUAGCGAUGGAUUGUACGAGGUUACGUAUCAGCCACCACCAGCUGGUAGUACGGUUCAAAUAGGUGUCAGUUACGAUGGCGAGGAAAUAAAUGACAGUCCAUAUUCUAUCAAAGUUUUACCUACGGUUGAACCAAACAAAAUUGUUCUCAGUGGGCCUGGUGUUCAACCGGUUUGCACUGCGUCAUUCCCAACGGAAUUUGUUGUUGAUACUUCCAAGGCUGGAUAUGGUGAUCUCGAGGUUCAAGUUUUGGGUCCAGAUCAAUCACCGCGAAGGGUCGAGGUACAGGAUUUGGGGGAUGGAAAAUACAAGGCCACCUAUUUGCCAGACGAUUGUGGUCGUUACAAGGUCAAUGUGAAAUACGGUGGCAAAGAAGUACCGGGUAGUCCAGUUCUUGUACAAGGCGUUUCAACCGGUAAAGCUGAGAAGUGUAAGAUCAAGGAGGGUAUUCAGCAUACCUUGGCACAGGGCGAAGAAUAUUGUAUAACUGUUGAUACUGAAAAUGCUGGAAGGGGUGCUGUUACUUGUCGCAUUCGUUCUACGUCAGGCAGUGAAGUGGUUGACAUCGAUAUCGAAGAUAACGGUGAUGGUACUGUCAACAUUUAUUACACGGUUGCCGAUGCUGGUGAUUACACGCUUAAUAUAAAAUUCGGAGGACAACCUGUUCCAGAAGGACUCUAUACUUUUACGGCAUCUGAAGAAUAUCGGGAACACAGUACACACAAAACUCAUCGUGGCAGGAAAUCUCGACAAAGGCAAGAGCAACACGUUGUUGAACAACGUAGUACUACUAGUAUACAGGAGAGUUCAACGGUUACCACAAAGAGUAGUAGUUCAACCAAUCAACAAAAUUUAUCGAAGAAAAAUUUCAAUUUAAUACGAUUGAACAGUAUCCCCUUGCCAUUGGCCAGUGGUACAGUUACAUCCGAGGUAAAAAUGCCGAGCGGUAACGUGGACAAGCCAGUCAUCGAGGAUAAUCACGAUGGCACUGUAUCCAUAAAAUACGAGCCAAGGGAGGAAGGUCUUCAUGAGAUUUACGUUAAAUUUAACGGGGAACACGUGCAAGGAUCACCAUUCAAAUUCCACGUAGAUUCUUUGGCAAGUGGUUACGUAACAGCUUACGGCCCUGGCCUGAUUUACGGUGUCUGCGGUGAACCAGGAAACUUUACGAUAUCUACGAAAGGUGCUGGAGCUGGAGGAUUGUCGUUGGCUGUGGAAGGUCCCAGCAAAGCUGAAAUAUCUUUUCAUGAUAACAAAGAUGGCACAGUUUCGGUUUCUUAUUUACCAACUGCACCUGGAGAAUAUAAAAUCACUGUUAAAUUUGGUGACAAGCAUAUCAAGGGUAGCCCGUACGUUGCCAAAAUUACAGGAGAGGGUCGUAAGAGAAAUCAAAUAUCUGUGGGAUCCUGUAGCGAGGUUCAAUUACCUGGAAAAGUUCCCGAUGCUGAUAUAAGAUCAUUGAACGCGUCUAUCAUAGCACCGAGUGGUUUGGAGGAGCCAUGUUUCUUGAAAAAAUUACCUAGCGAUAACGUUUGCGUUUCAUUUACACCACGCGAGGCUGGUUCCCAUGCAGUAUCCGUCAAACGAAUGGGAAAGCACAUACCAAAUUCGCCAUUCAAAAUCGAGGUUAAGGAUCGUGAAGUUGGUGACGCUAAAAAGGUCAAAGUAACUGGUGCAGCAUUGAAGGAAGGCAAGACUCACGUUGAGAAUACGUUUUCGGUUGACACGAGAAACGCUGGUUUCGGUGGUUUGUCACUUUCGGUUGAGGGUCCUAGCAAGGUUGAAAUUCAGUGCAAGGACAACGAAGAUGGCACGUUGAACAUGUUUUACAAGCCCACCGAGCCUGGUAUUUACAUAGUCAAUCUGAAAUUUGCCGAUCAUCACGUGGAUGGUUCACCGUUCGCAGUUAAAGUUACCGGAGAAGGUAGCAAUCGUCAAAGAGAGAAAAUCCAAAGGCAAAGGGAAGCGGUACCAAUAACCGAAGUUGGUAGUCAAUGCAAAUUGACCUUCAAGAUGCCAGGUAUAACGUGUUUCGAUCUUGCUGCUACUGUUACUUCACCGGGUGGAAUCACCGAAGAUGCUGAGAUCAAAGAAGUCGAGGAUGGUCUUUACGCUGUCGCAUUUGUACCCAAGGAAUUAGGCGUCCACACGGUUUCGGUUCGUUACAAGGAGAUACACAUUCCGGGCUCACCUUUCCAAUUCACGGUUGGCCCAUUGAGAGACGGUGGAGCUCACAGGGUCCACGCUGGUGGUCCUGGAUUGGAAAGGGGCGAACAAGGUGAACCAUGCGAGUUUAACAUCUGGACAAGGGAAGCUGGUGCUGGUGCAUUAGCGGUUUCCGUCGAGGGUCCUAGCAAAGCCCAAAUCGAUUACAAAGAUCGCAAAGAUGGCAGUUGUUAUGUCAGUUAUGUCGCUUCUGAACCUGGUGAAUAUAGAAUAGGAGUCAAGUUCAACGAUCAACACAUUCCUGACUCGCCUUACAAGGUUUACAUAUCACCUGCUAUGGGUGAUGCACACAAAUUAGAGGUUGCACAAUUUCCGGAAAGUGGUGUACAACCUGACAAGCCUUAUACCUUCCUAGUCAGGAAGAACGGAGCUAAGGGUGAAUUGGAUGGAAAGAUCGUAUCACCGAGUGGCAUAGAGGAUGAUUGUUUUAUACAAUCCAUCGAUUCCGACACCUAUUCCGUGAGAUUCAUGGCACGUGAGAAUGGUAUUCACAGUUUGCAUUUGAAAUUUAAUGGAGUACAUAUAUCUGGCAGUCCUUAUCGUAUCAAGGUCGGUAAAGUGGAUGCCGACCCAGCAGCGUUACACGCUUAUGGCAAUGGUUUAAUGGAAGUUAAGACAGGCCAAAAGACAGAUUUCAUCAUUGAUACUUGCAACGCUGGUAGCGGUGCUCUCGGUGUUACGGUUGACGGACCUAGCAAGGUUUCUAUGGAUUGUACCGAAGUUGAGGAAGGUUACAAGGUUAGGUAUACACCUUUGGUACCUGGUGAUUAUUAUAUCAGUAUCAAAUACAAUGGUUAUCACAUCGUUGGUUCGCCGUACAAAGUAUCAUGUACCGGUGCGGAUCUAGCGGAGAGGGGUGCACAAGAGACGAGUUCUAUCCUGGUAGAGACGGUACAAAAGAUAUCUAAAGCAAAGCAAACUGGUCCCGUGUUACCGCUUUUUAAAUCGGACGCGAGUAAGGUUACGAGCAAAGGUAUGGGCCUUAAGAAGGCCUAUUUGGGAAAGCAGAAUCAGUUCACCGUAAAUGCCGGUGACGCUGGAAACAACAUUCUUUACGUUGGCGUUUACGGUCCCAAAGGACCAUGCGAGGAGGUAUACUUGAAGCACACGGGUAGAAACAACUACAACGUCAGUUACUUGGUACGUGAACGAGGAGAAUAUAUCGUGAUCGUCAAGUGGGGCGACGAUCACAUUCCUGGAUCACCGUACAAGGUCGAGGUCUAAAAGGAAAUAUAGAAAGAAGAUCUAAAAAAACAAAAUUUCAACGAGUUCAACGCACACACACACACACAUAUACACAUUUACACAUAUACGUACACACGUACACAUACGUACACACAUCAGAGACACGCACGCAUGCUCAGACCCGCCGAGAGUAUUGUCUUUCCUUACGUGGAAUCAACAACGUUUGCUUAAGGGAAAACCUUUAUAGAAAAUGGACAUAUCCCCAUGUGUUCGAUUUAGCACGAUCUCUCGAAUGCUGAACUUAUCGAAUAUGUAUUUUCUUAGAUUCCCCCCUUCGAUCAACCAACCAACCAACCAACAACUUCGUUCUUAUCGUCGUUGUUCAUCCUCUAUUUCUAGUAGACCAUCGAAUGAUCUUGUAUAUUCCUACCGAUCAUUCUUCUUCCUUUAUUUUCUUAUUUUUUCCUUUUCUUAUUGUCGGAUUGAUCGCAUCCUUCGCGCAAGCCUUCCCCCAUCCCCACCCCCCGUUUCUUUAUAUUUAUCUUUAUAAUCUUGUCAAUCCUUUUGUUUUCCUCGUUGUUCUCUUCGCAAAUCCUUCUUGCUCAAUUGUACUUUAACAUUAUGUAUUUGUAAAUAACCUU